GCAAAACAACGCGCGUCGUCAUUAUGGCAUAGCGAUUCGAGCAGACUUCCGCACAGCACGCAUGGCUUCCUUCAACCAUGAACGCGUCGGACACGCGUUGGACGAGCUGCUGCAGCGCAUCGUGCCCGACGACCCCAAUGACGACGAGGAAGCUGCCGAGCAGCGCCUCCAAGAUGCCUACGAACAAUCGAUGCACCAGCUGAUUGUGGCCGGCGAGCCGGAAGCCGUGCCAGAUAUUCGCCACAUUGCGAGCCUGUUGGAAGCGAAGGUUGCCGGACCAGGCCAGGACCCCCACCGGAGCGCCCGCCUGCACAACCUCCUCGGACGGCUCGAGGACCAGCCAGUACUAAACGAAAAGUGGCGCAUGCUCUACUUCCUCCACGAGCUCUCCGAUCUGCCAAUUCCUGGACAACAGAACCCUUCGUUCGACUCUUCGCGCAGCCGCUCGCGUGGUCCCACCACUCCGUCCAAGCACCAGUCAUCUGCACCGGCAUACGACAACCCAGCGUUCGGCGAAGCCUUUGCCAAGCAAGGCCUGCCACAGUACCCAGCUCACGAGCCUUCACCGAAGAACCUUACCCGGACUGAAGACAAGCCGGAGAAGCGCAGGGAGCGCCGGACGCAGGAGGCAAGCAAGGAGCAAGCACAGGAGGCAGCCCAGUCAGAAAAAGUGAGCAUGGGCCCGUCGGAAACAGACCUGCUCCGCGACCUGCCCUUUACACUCCAAGGCCUGUCGUCCUCGAAACUCGUAUUCUCAUCCUCGACUACAUUGAAGCUGCCUGCGAACCUGCCGGUGCCCAUCGUCGGAUUGCUGCACACUCUCGCCGAGCCAGCCGUCUUGUACAAAGGACUUGCAGAGUUUGUCGAGUCAAGCGAGGGGGAUCUGAUCGGACAGAGCUUCCGUUCAGCACUAGGCAAGGAGCUACGUGCGUACCUGGGACUCGUCGCGACUUUGGAAGGGCAGAUCAGAAGAGCACUGACUCAACUAGCCGAGAGCCCUGCCCAUCAAGCUGUCAGCAAGGCCGGGGUGACGCUCAAGCGAUGUGUCAUCUGGACCCGCGACGCGACCAUGGGUCUGCGACUUAUGAGUCUCAUGGUUGAGCAGUCCAAGACUCUGAAAGGUGGACAGCUUAUUUCCCUCAUACAUUCCUUCUCGCUUAACCAUGGAGACCCGUAUGUUAUGUCCUUCGCCGAACGCCUUCUGUCAGAUGUCACACGACCUUUCUACGACAUGUUACGACAAUGGGUGUACGACGGCGAACUGUCAGAUCCCUUCGGUGAGUUCUUUGUCUCCGAACAGAACGAAGACGAGAUGAUGGACAUGCACGAUCAAGGGAAAGGCGGAGCAACCAGCGUUUGGGAGGACAAGUACAAGCUCAACAGCAAAAUGGUACCGACCAUAGUCGCAGACGAUUUCGCAAGGAGGGUUUUCCUCAUCGGCAAAACACUCAACUUCAUACGAUAUGGCUGCGGUGACGCCAAUUGGGUGGACACAUAUUCUAAAGAAGCAUCCAAAGAGCUGCACUACGGCGACACAGCGAACCUCGAACGUUCCAUUGGCGAUGCGUACAAGACGACCAUGGCGCGCUUGAUUGAGCUCAUGGGCAACAAGUUCAAACUCUUUGAUCACCUGCAGGCGUUGAAGUCGUACAUGCUGCUUGGCGCAGGGGACUUCAUCGCUGUUCUCAUGGAGUCUUUAGCAUCGAACCUCGAUCGUCCUGCCAACACACAAUACCGGCAUACUCUAACAGCACAGUUGGAGCAUGCUGUGCGCAACUCAAACGCACAAUACGACACUGCGGAUGUCCUGCGAAGACUUGACUCUCGUAUGCUGGAGCUCUCACAUGGCGAGAUUGGAUGGGACGUUUUCACACUCGAGUAUAAGAUCGACGCUCCUGUUGAUGUGAUCGUGACACCAUACGGCUCAAAACAAUACUUGAAGGUCUUUAACUUCUUGUGGCGCGUAAAGCGAGUCGAAUUUGCCCUUGACUCAACGUGGCGGCGCUGUACGACUGGGGCUCGUGGCGUGCUUGGUGUCGUUGAUGACAAGUUCGGCAAAGACUGGAAGAAGGCGCGGAUUGCAAUGGCCGAGAUGGUUCACUUUGUCAACCAACUCCAACAUUACAUCCUUUUCGAAGUCAUUGAGUCAUCUUGGAUUGACCUCCAAAAGGCUCUGAACAAACCAGAAAGCACCCUGGACGACAUGAUUGACGCGCACGCCAAAUACUUGAACAACAUCACAAGGAAGGGUCUGUUGGGCAGCCAAAGCAUCGACUUCACCGGGCAGUUACACGAGCUGCUCAAAACCAUGCUCGCGUACAAGGAUGUUGUCGACAGUCUAUAUUCCUUUUCUGUCGCAGAGUUCACCCGCCGCCAAGAGGCUGCUGCAAAGAUCGAAACACGCACAGCAGCAGGGCGAUGGGGCCUUUCCGAGCGAGAUGGCUCGCGCACAUCUACACCAGACGCAUUUGCAGCAUCACGCGCUGCGUCGCGACAGGAUGCAGAAUCUCCCUUCCCUCCGCCUCUACUUAGAGUUGGAAACGGCGGGUCUGGUGAAGACGACGUGCUACCUGCACUGCGACAGCGUCUGGCACAUCUGGCUGCAGACUUCCAAGCUAGGAUAUGUUUGCUCUUGGGUGAUCUCGUGCACUCACCGGAUGGAGAGCUUAAGAUGCUGGCUGUCAACAUCAAUUUCAACGAUGUGUAUAAGCCAGAGCGUAGACGAAGGAAGAGCGAGAAGAAGCGGGAGAAAGAGAAGGAAACACCGGCCCCUUCGAAAACCACUGUCGCGACUUAGAGACUCCGACGGGCUCGGCGAUCUGAUUUGCGAGCGAAGGAACGCGCAACGAAGCGAGGUGAAUUGGAGGCUGCUGUUGCUUGUACUGGGGCUGAGGCACUUCAGCAUCUGGAAGAUGCAGGAUUGCAGAUCUGAGGCUCGUUGAACAACAUUGAUACCCAAGUUACGACCAGAACAGGUGCAUCUUGAAAGAGGGAGCACGAUGACGUCGAAACGUCAACAUUCAAUUUCAGGCUCUUGAGAAUUUCCAUAGUUCACGAUACCAUGAUUCUGAUGUUGAUACGUCGAAUUAGAAAUCCUAGCUUCGU